GAAACAGUUGCUUGCCGGCCCUCGGCUCUCCCCACUCCUCUGCCUCCGCGCAGGCCCGAUUUCGUCCCUGGGGCCUCCCUAGACAUAGCCCAGCCAGCUCCCACUCCCGAGUACUCCCUCCGCUGUCUCCCAGCGCCUUCGCCUUGCCGACGUCCAAAGACCUAAAUUUGACCUCCUUGCUCCUUAAUCGUUGAAUAACUUUAAGUCGUUUUUUCUACAAACGAGACCUCUGGCCAUUCUGCAAGCUUAACAGCGUACGAAUGCCCUAUAUUGUGCGUUGGCAGGACUGUACUUUCUGUAAUGCUUGAUGAGUUCUUUGUGUACCUGCAGUCCUUUUACACCUGCCAAAUCGGGGCUGGCAGAUUGAGAAGUCAUUGGAGAGGGCAUAAUAUAUAUGUUCGAAUAGUAUUCUCAAAGAUGAGGUCCUUCCCUGGACAAGAUCUGGUACAGAAAUUCUCUGGUGCGCUGUUUUGGCGCCUGGUUCCAAGGGGAAGAAAUGCGUCUUCUAGUAAACCUGACAUAAAGAUAUGCAUCCAGUGUCCAGGGAGUGUGCAAAAUUUGUCAGAAGUGGCUCUUUAUUGUAAGCAGACACCAGAGCUAAUGCUGCACGCCCGCUGCUGCCUGAAUUGGAAGGGCACCAUCCUGGGGCUGGAUCUCCAGAACUGCUCUCUGAAGGACCCUGGUCCAUACUUUCCUCAGGCACAUACUGCUAUCAUCAUAGACCUGCAGGCAAACCCCCUCCAGGGUGACUUGGCCAACACCUUCCAUGGCUUUACCCAGCUCCAGACUCUGAUACUGCCACAAGAUGUCAACUGUCCUGGAGGUAUUAAUGCUUGGGAUACUGUCACUUUUUAUAUAAACAACCAAACCUGCCAAGAACAAAGGAAGCUUUGCAACAGCACUGGGGACUCAGAAAUGUGUCCUGAGAAUGGAUCUUGUGCACCUGGUGGUCCAGGUCUCUUGCAGUGUGUUUGUGCUGAAGGCUUCCAUGGCUACAAGUGUAUGCGCCAGGGCUCCUUCUCACUGCUCAUGUUCUUUGGGAUUCUGGGAUCCACCACAUUAUCCAUCUCCAUCCUCCUUUGGGGGACUCAACGCCGAAAAGCCAAGGCUUCAUGAACCACAUAGGUCUUCCUGCUGACUAAAGAUCAUCCCCAUCUUAGUCCAGCCAGGGAGAUUUGCUUCCUAGACAUCAUUGGUCAGCGGAUCCUCCCUCCCAAGGCAGAGGCCGCCGUCGGAAGGAGGAUGGAAAUUUGCACAACCCUGCGUAUUGUAGACCCAGUCCAGGAGUGGACUAGUACCGGCUCCCAUUUGUGCUGUUGACUGUAAUAAAGUUUUUUUUUCUUCUU